AAAUGGUAUAUAAAGGCGAGCAAGCUUCACUCAACCAUCAGUGCGAAAGAGGUCUUAGUAUUGUGCAAAAAUGUUGACUCGAUAUUUGAUUUUGUUGGCACUGCUUUGUCUGGCAGUUCACGUUAAUGCCCAGCGUGGUAUUGGGAUUAGACCACCGCUAGGGGAUGACAUUUGCCUGCUAGAGCCGAUGCAGAGAGGAGCUCGGCCAUGCGAAGGCUACAUUCCGAAGUUUACGUUCAACAUCGCCACCCGCAGAUGCGAGAGAUUCAUCUACGGAGGAUGCAACGGUACCGCCAAUCUUUUUGACACAAAGGGUCUUUGCACAAUCGCCUGCAGGCACUUAAUCUUCCCUAGAACAGGCUAAACUUGAUCUUCAGGUGCAGCAAUAAAUUGCAGAAGCUCCAAUCCUUCUCAAUAACUUUUAUUGUAUGUUGAUCAUGAGAAUAAAUAAAAGGAAAAAUUCCGUCUAGAACAAAUAUAUAUUUUGUAAAAUCAAA